GCUUCAGACCGCAGCCAUGGCCCCCCGUGAGCGUACCUACAUCAUGAUCAAGCCCGAUGGCGUUCAGCGCGGUCUGGUCGGCGAGAUUGUCGCCCGCUUCGAGAAGAAGGGCUUCAAGCUCUGCGCUCUCAAGCUGAAGCAGGCCACCGAGGAGCUCCUCGAGCAGCACUACGCUGACCUCAAGGGCAAGAAGUUCUUCCCUGGACUCGUCUCGUACAUGGCCUCGGGCCCCGUUGUCUGCAUGGUCUGGGAGGGCACCAACGUCGUCAAGUCUGGCCGCAAGCUCCUCGGCGAGACCCGCCCCGAUGACUCUCUGCCCGGCACCAUCCGUGGUGACUUCUGCAUUGAGGUUGGCCGCAACAUCUGCCACGGCAGCGACUCCGUCGAGUCAGCCGAGAAGGAGAUUGCCCUCUGGUUCGGUGAGGGUGAGGUCGCCGAGUGGACUCAGGUCACCGAGUCCUGGAUCUACGAGUAAGCACUAGGGUUUCGACCAUGUGUUUUUUUGCAAUCCAAACCUAGGGGCUACUUUUGCCCUACAUUACCCCUACUUUUGUUUCCCUGUUGAGAUGGCCCGAUCGCUGUCUUGAUUGUAAAUUCAUCGAGCCUGCCAACGUACGCCUGCCUGUUUGAGCCCGGCUGUGUGAUGGGGGUACCAGAUGAUGAAGGCCUGAUGCCUUGCUGUGACAGCUUUGGCUAAAUUGAUUUUAUCCCAACCCACCCGAUUUCGCAUCGUACCGUCAUCAGGCAGGCAUUUCAUGUAAAAUAUUAUUAAAACAGCCAGCACACACAUUGGUCGUCCGACUCGUUGUACCCGCGUCAACGCCUCGUGCGUUUGCAACACGCGCAGCGUGCAAAAGGGGGCGGGACCUUGCAGAGGCCGACAUGCUCGUGUGGUCUCAGGCCAGAUGGUGCUCAGCCAGGGUGCAGAGAGUGACCCCGAGCAUGAUGAGGGCAACCCCGAGAACUUGCAGGGGUUGAAGCGAUGCCUCGCCGAGCCAGUGGCCCACCACGCCCGUCACACCAAACGUUAGGCUGUUGGUCAGAGGAGCUGCCACAGACAAAGGCAGAUGGCGAAGUCCCGCUGCAAAAAACACCGAGCCGCAUUGGUUGAUUCCGAUCGGCACCUGAACCCAUCCGCCAGGGUGCGCCAAUUGCCAAAGGUGUUUCGCAGGGUAUUCCAGACGCCAGCCGCGCGGGUGUGCUGCGAAUGAUCUUGCGCCCCACGCUUGAUGAGCGGGUUGGUCCCGCCCCAGCACAACGCCGCCACCAUCACACAGAGGUACCCGAACAUGACG